AUGUCUACAUUAAAUCAUGCUGCAUCCAGAGAGACGACUAACAUCAAACCUGAAGUUGAAAAACAAAUGGAAAAUAUUUACAUGUUCCUGGAACCUCAUCUUACUAUAGCAAAUGUGAAUACAGUUGGAUUCUUCACAGAACAGCAAUGGUUGCUAUUAUCGGAUGAUAUAAGACAUGAAUUGCUUUCAAUGAACGAUCAGCAACUAGCAUUGCUGCCGACUGCUGGACAUAUUAAAGAUGAUACACUUUCCUGUCCUCAGUUACAAAAGUUAGUCGAAUCAAGUCAGAAUUUUCAAAUUGAGCAAUUAGGUUUUGUGGAUAAUAUUGAUGAUAUUGUGGGUGGUUGUGAUACAGAUGAUGUGUUGAAACCUGGACAGUUUAUGAGUCUUAAGAAAUUACAUGAAGUAUCUCUGAUGUCUAAUGUUGUUAACAGACUAGCUACAUCACAUGGUGUAAAACAAGUUAUUGAUAUAGGCAGUGGUAAAGGAUAUCUCAGUCAGCAUUUGUCACUGCAAUAUGGACUCAAUGUGAUAGGUAUUGACUCAGCAAAUAUCAACACCACUGGAGCCUUGGAAAGAAACAGAAAAAUUAAAAAGUUUUGGCCAGGAUUACAUCGAAAGGCUAAUGUUCAGAAAUCACCUCUGAAAACUGAUGAGAGUAUGGUUAAUAAACUUGGCAAUGAUGUCAUGCAGAUAGGAUUAAUAGAUUCCACUGUUAGUAAAAUGGUGGAUUGUCAGGUUGAAGCUGGUAACCUAGCAACCAUAGGUGAUGCUGAUGGCAGGGGAAAAACAGUUGAUUUGAAACAUGCUGUAGUUUCUGCAGAAAUUAAAGACAAGAUGUGUUCUUUCAGACCAGUGACUGCUUAUGUGGAUACACAAACUCAGAUCACCAGUAUGUUUGAAGAUGGUGACAACAUUGAGGAUCUCCUUGUAACAGGUCUGCAUACAUGUGGUGACUUGUCUGCUUGUAUUCUUCGCAUGUUUACUCAUGAUGACUCUGUUAAAAUACUAUGUAAUGUUGGUUGCUGUUAUCACCUUAUAUCAGAAAAGUUUGAAGAUGAGUCAGAGAGACAUGUUGCCAUGCCAACAUGUAUUUCUUCUUCCAGUGACAGUGAAUAUGGUUUUCCUAUGUCUGAUGUUUUGAGACGGAAAGAAGCUACAAUUGGUAGAAGUGCAAGAAUGCUGUCAUGUUUAUCUGUUGAUAGAAUUGAAUCUGAUGUGAAAUUACCAUCACAGUCGUUAUUUUACAGAGCUGUGUUACAAGUUAUUAUACAACAACACUAUACUCUACCAACUAGGCAGCAGAGAGUUGGUAAGAUAGCAGCAAAGUGUAAAACAUUUGUGGAAUACGUCAGAAAAUCAUUAAAAAAGUUACACUAUGAUGAGAACAAGCUUUCUGAUGAUGAAAUCACGGAGUAUUAUAAUAAAUACAGUCAGCAAGAGAGAUAUAUAGAAUGCUUUACUCAGUACAAAGCUAUCUUUGCACCAAUAAUUGAAAGUCUUAUAAUACUUGAUAGAUUUGCAUAUCUACUUCAACAGGAUGAUAUAUGUGAAGCCCACAUUGUAAAACUCUUUGACCCUGUCAUAUCACCAAGAUGUUUUGCAUUGAUUGCUCUGAAGAAAUGA